AUGGCCAGCCAUCUGCAAAGACCACCCAGAGGGCUGGAUGACCCAUCCCAAAUGAGAGAAACUUUCCUGAAGAUGGUCCACGCCCAUGAGACCCUCCCGACCCCGUGCACAUGGGCCCAACGCGAGUUCCUCCUCCCCAGGGAGCCCAAGGAGCUACCCGGUUUCACCCAGCAAGCCUACCACCAGCUGGCCCUGAAGCCGCCACCCUACACGGAGAUGAAGGCCAAGGUGCGUCAACGACUGGCCUGCCCCUGGAAGGACACAGCCCAGCACACCUGGGGCUUCCACACCUGGCUGGAUGUCGGGCGUCUGCCGGCCACCUUCCCCUCUAGGCCCGACAAGCCCUACGACAGCAACGUCUGGCGCUGGCUGACAGACUCCAGGGCCCACCGCCAGCCCCCAGCAGAGCCCCCCGUGCCCCCUCCCUCCUGGCUGGGUCAGAACAGCUUCCUGACCUUCAUCUCCUGUACUCCGAUCUUCCUGGACGUGAACAGGAAGAAACAGGUGAUCUUCAGGACGGUGAAGGAACUCCAAGAGGUGGAGAAACUCAAGCUGAGGAGUGAAGUGAGGGCACCCCCUCUCGACACCCAUGGCAACAUCCUUCCCCCCAAGGCAUCCAAGAAGUAAGAGGAGCUCCCUCGUCAGGGAGCCCACCUGUGUCCAGGUACCGGCACUUCUCAGCUGGUGGAAGGUGUGAGCCUGGGGACCUCCAGCUCAUGCCCAACCCGCUUCCCAACCAUCUGGCCAGGAGCUGGCCCUGCCCAAACCCGCUG